AUGCUGCUAGAGCGAGGAGCCGAUGUCAAUGCCCAGGGUGGAUUUCACGGAAAUUCGCUUCAGGCAGCUUCUUCUCAAGGACACGACGAAAUCGUGCAGAUGCUGUUAGCAAGAGGGGCUGAUGUCAACGCCGAGGGUGGAGAAUACGGAAAUGUGCUGCACGCUGCUUGUUCUUUUGGACAUGAUAAGGUCGUGCAGAUGUUGUUGGGAAGAGGAGCCGAUGUCAAUGCCGAGGGUGGAGAAUCCGGAAAUGCGCUCCAGUCAGCUUCUUUCGAAGGACACGACGAAAUCGUGCAGAUGCUGUUGCAAAAAGGAGCCGAUGCCAAUUCCCAGCUUCUUUUCAAGGACACGACAAGAUCGUGCAGAUGCUAUUAG